AUGGAAGCCGUUGCGCCUCCCCAAGCCAUGAGCCCGGGGACCAACGGCGUUGCGAACACGCCGUUCGCCGCCGUCGAUCCUGUCCGCGUUGUCGACCAUCUUACCGUCCUUCUCGAAGCAGCGCUUGGCGCAACCCGGGCCGAACUCGAGGCUCCCGGCAGCCUGCUCUCGAAGACACGGUACUCAGACACGCUUCAACGGUGCAGUCGCUUCGCCCUGGAUACCCAGGUCGCCCUCUACAUACAGAAGGACUUGAUACCGACAGAUUCGCUCGAGAAUGGCGCUGCAGAUGAUUAUGUGCCACCGCACGUAUACACCAUCUCGUCCGACCUCUCCUCAUCCACAACUACCGUGGCUUUCCUCGUGCUUCUCAAGCGCCCGCAGCCUCUCGACCCUAGUAUCCCGAUAACCUCGCAAAUCCAGAUGCUCAAUCUGCCCGGGCCUGCCUCCCUGUCCGCAAACGCUGGCGAACAGGGACCGACCGGAUCGCCCUACGAAAUCCUCCAGCUCUACCUCCAUAACGGCCUGGCGCCGUACUUUGACGCCAGCACCAAGAGCCAGCAGGUGCUGAGCGGCGGAAGAGGCCGGACCGAUGUCGAUGCUAAAACCGGCAUUCCAGUUACCAAAAAGCGCUGGACCGAGCUCGAACUCAGCCUAUCGCACCUCCAGCAGAACAUCGAGAUCCCAGAGGUCUCUCUGCCCUUCCACCCCAUCGUGCAGACAGCUCUGGACGAUGCGGCAGCUCGGCAGUCUAAACCGACUCUUGAUAUCAUCCCUCCCGCAGUCUUGCAGGACAGCACGUUCCUCAACAACCUGCAAGCUACUGUGAACAACUGGAUCAAGUCGAUCCAGGCCAUCACCAAGAUGACGAGGGAUCCCACCACGGGCACGGCAACGCAGGAGAUAAACUUUUGGCUCUCGAUGGAGUCGGCGCUGGAGGGAAUUGAGAACCAGCUCAGGAGCGAGGGUGUGAUGCUCACGCUCGAGAUUCUCAAGCACGCCAAGCGUUUUCAGGCGACUGUCAGUUUUACUGCGGACACGGGCUUGAAGGAGGCCAUGGAAAAGGUGCAAAAAUACAACCAGCUGAUGCGCGACUUCCCCCUCGAUGAGCUCCUUUCCGCCACUACGCUCCACAAGAUUAAAGACUCGAUCGGCCAGAUCUUUGUGCAUCUGAACAAGAAGCUGAGAAUAUGUCCUUAUCCCAUUCGCCGGGCGCUUCCCCUGGUGGAGGCCAUCUCGGGAGAUUUGGAUGAGGUGCUGCACCGCCUGCUGCCAGGCACCGAACUGGUCAAGCUUGACUAUCACGAUUUCAGCCGUGUGAUGAAGCAGACUGAUGAGAUCUUCAAGGCAUGGGAUGACAACAUCAAGGAGUUUACAAACGUCGCUCGCGAGGUUACCAGACGUCGGAAUGAGAGGUUCAUCCCCAUCAAGGUCAACCCCCGGCACGCCGAGCUGCAGUCUCGCUUGAAGUACGUCGGCAACUUCCGUGAUAACCAUGAGCAGCUGCAGCGGACCAUCGUCAACGUUUUAGGGCCAAAGGUAACCGUGAAUGGCAUCGUCGACGGGUCGGGCGCUAAUGGCACCGCGGUUGUGGAGGAGAUUGGCGACGUCGACGCGGUUGAGGAGGUGAGACAGGCCUGGGAGGGCUUGAAAGACGUCGACCUUCUUGAUGUCACCCCGGAAGGCACCCAGAAAUGGGCACGUGCCGAGAACAUUUACAACGAGCGGACGUCGCGCGUGGAGAACUCGAUCAUCGCCCGGCUACGGGAUCGGCUGGCGACGGCAAAGAAUGCCAACGAGAUGUUUCGCGUAUUUUCCAAAUUCAAUGCGCUCUUCGUGCGGCCCAAGAUCCGCGGCGCCAUUGCCGAGUACCAGACACAGCUGAUCGACAAUGUCAAGCAAGCCAUCACCGCGUUACACGAGCGAUUCAAGCAGCAGUACGGCCACUCCGAGGCCCAUGCCAUGGCUCAGCUACAUGACCUGCCCCCAGUGUCUGGCGCCAUCAUUUGGGCGCGCCAAAUUGAAAGGCAGCUUGACGGGUACAUGAAGAAGGUUGAGGAUGUCCUCGGCGCCGACUGGACCUUACAUGCCGAAGGCCAGAGACUGCAGAGCGAUAGCGAUCUGUUCCGGAAGAAACUCGAUGCACGCCCCAUCUUUGAGGCGUGGCUCCAUGAUGUGCAGAGGAAGCAAAUCUCUAUAUCAGGGCUGCUCUUCAACAUCAACCGGAUCCGGUCAGCCGGAAAUGUGCUGGAGCUUGCAGUCAACUUUGACGCCCAAGUGAUUGCGCUGUUUAAAGAGACUCGGAACCUGGUAUGGCUCAACUUUCCUGUUCCGCACUCGGUAAACAACGUGGCCAAGGAAGCCAAGCGUGUGUACCCGUAUGCCGUCAGCUUGAUGGAGAGUGUGAGGACAUUUGCCCAGACUAACCGCCAGAUUUCUGAAAUGUCGGAGGUUGCUGUGCUUCUCAGCGGCCAUCGUGAUGAGGUCUAUGGCCUGAUUGCCAAGGGUAUACCCCUUAAAUGGGAGUCGUUCGUCAACAGCUACGAAGUCCACUUCAAGAAUAAUCGCAUGACAAAUGCUCAUUACCAAGACAUCGGCAAGAACGGAGAGAGCAAGCACGUCCUGUUCAUCCGCGAGUUCGCCGCCGCUGUGUCACUUUUACAGUCGAAGACUAUCACCUUGGCGAACAUCCACGCCACCGUACAGACGGCGCUUGCCGAGCUUGAACGAUGCCCCUACGAGGUUGCGGCAUUCGAAUCGCGCUUGGAGACCAUCCAAAGCGCAGUCGACCAGCUCAACCUGGAGCAAUAUGUCAACCUUGGUUAUUGGGUCGAAGGCAUGAACAAACAGAUUAGAGCGGUUCUGCUUGCUCGACUGCAGCACGCUGUGCAGGCCUGGAUUGAGGCUUUUGAGGACGAGCAUCCUGAGCGGCAGAACGACCGCAAAUGGGCUAUCGAACCUGCCGACGACAAAAGAACGGAUGUUCCGGUCAUAAAAAAGCUGGUGCACGAAAUUACGAUGCGCAACCAGGUCAUUUACCUCGAUCCGCCGCUCGAGUUCGCCCGGGCUAGCUGGUACUCGCAGCUUCAGGACUGGAUCGGCGUCAUUUGCAAUCUGAAAAAGAUCAAGGCUACACGCUACCAGAUGACUAUUAGCACGACAGUUUACGAUGAACCCCGCUUCAAUGACCUGCCCGGCGCCUGCACACAGGCUCUCUUGCGGGUGCAGACCUCGAUCGAGAAGAAGAUACGGGAGAUUGGUGCCUACGUGGACAAGUGGCUCCAGUUUCAAUCUCUCUGGGACCUGCAAUCUGAACAUGUCUAUGAUGUCCUAGGCGAUCAGUUGUCGAGGUGGCUGCAGCUUCUCCAAGAGAUCCGCAAGACACGUCAGACCUUCGACACGACCGAGGUCAGCCGAUCGUUUGGCCAUAUCACCAUCGACUACGAUCAGGUCCAGACCAAAGUCAACGCAAAAUAUGAUCAAUGGCAGCAUGACAUUCUGAUCAAAUUUGCUGGACGCCUGGGCACGCGCAUGCGGGAAGUUCAUGCCGAAAUUGAGAAAGCUCGUAGGGAUCUGGAAGGUCAGGCCAUCGAGGCCAAUUCAACGGCACAGGCGGUGCACUUCAUCACGCUCGUCCAGACCUGUAAGCGCCAGGUGAAGCUAUGGGCCCCCGAGGUGGAGACAUUCAGGCAAGGAGAGUCAACGCUGGUCAGGCAACGAUACCAGUUCCCGAACGAUUGGCUCCACGUUGGACAUCUGGAGGGGGCAUGGGAUAUGUUGAACGAGUUGCUCGCCCGCAAGGCCAAGAUCGUGCAGGACCAGACAGACGCUCUGCGUGCCAAGAUUAUUGCCGAAGACAAGGUUGUGAUGGACAAGAUCAACGAGAUUGCCCAGCAGUGGAACGAGGAGAAGCCUGUUUCGGGCACCAUCGCCCCGGAUGUCGCUUCGGCCACGCUUAGUGAUUUCGAAAACAGAAUCACCAAGCUUCAGGAGGAUUCCUCCAUGGUUGCCAAGGCCAAGGAAGCGCUCGACCUGCCGGCAACAUCCGACACUUCUCUCGGCGUCAUUCUGGAAGAGGUUCAGGACUUCAAGUCUGUCUGGGCCUCAUUGUCGACCAUCUGGAAGAACCUGAACGAGUUGCGGGAGACCCUAUGGAACAGUGUCCAGCCGAGGAAGAUCCGGUCCUCCAUCGACAACCUCAUCAAGAUGACCAAAGAGAUGCCGAGCAGGAUGCGCCAGUAUGCUGCCUUUGAGCAUAUUCAAAACGUUCUACGGCAACUAAUGAAGGUCAACCCCAUGCUGGCAGAGCUCAAGUCAGAGGCUGUCCGCGACCGACACUGGACCAAGAUCUACAAGCAGAUCAAGCCCGGCAAGCGCUACUCUCCUGUCUCCAUGACACUUGGAGAUGUCUGGGACCUCAACCUCGUCGCUACAGAGGUCAUCGUCAAGGAUAUCAUUAUCCAGGCGCAAGGCGAGAUGGCUCUGGAAGAAUUCCUCAAGCAAGUGCGCGAGACCUGGACAGGCUACGGCCUCGAGCUUGUCAACUACCAGAACAAAUGUCGUCUCAUUCGCGGCUGGGACGACCUCUUUGCGAAGUGCAGCGAGAAUCUCAACUCGCUGCAGGCCAUGAGACAUUCCCCAUACUACAAGGAGUUUGAGGAGGAAGCUUCCGCCUGGGAGGACAAGCUCAACCGCGUGCACGUUCUCUUCGAUGUGUGGAUUGAUGUACAACGCCAGUGGGUCUAUCUUGAGGGUGUCUUCACCGGGAAUGCCGACAUUAAGCAUCUGCUGCCUAUCGAGUCGUCGCGAUUCCAGAACAUCAACAGCGAGUUCUCGGCCGUGAUGAAAAAGGUCUAUAAGCAGCCCAACGUUUUGGAUGUCCUCAAUAUUCCGAAUGUGCAGAAGUCUUUGGAACGGCUGGCCGAACUUCUCAACAAGAUUCAGAAAGCGCUCGGAGAGUAUCUUGAAAAGGAGCGUGUUUCGUUCCCCCGCUUCUACUUUGUCGGCGACGAAGACCUGCUUGAGAUGAUUGGCAAUAGCAACGACACCAUGCGCAUUGCCAAGCACUUCAAGAAGAUGUUUGCUGGUCUCACGGGCUUGGUCAUGGACGAGGAAUCGGUCAUCACGGGAUUCACUUCAAAAGAAGGAGAGGUGGUCCGUCUCAAGAAGGAAAUCAAUCUCGUCAAGACACCAAGGAUCAACGACUGGUUGGCUCUGCUGGAGAACGGAAUGAAGUCGACCCUUGCUGAGCUUUUGGCUGAGGCAAUUGAGGAGUUUGGACCCAUCUUCGCCAGCGAGAAAAUCGACCGCGAGGCUCUCAACAAAUUCAUGGAAGCAUAUCCCAGCCAAAUUGUUGUCCUUGCUACGCAGGCAGUUUGGACCACCUCGGUUGACCAGGCGUUGACUGAGGGCGGUGGCAACCUGCAGGCGCUGUUUGACCGCGAGGUGCAGGUCCUCCGUCUCCUCGCCGACACCGUGCUCGGAGACCUCGACGUUCUGAUGCGCAAGAAGUGCGAGCAGCUCAUCACCGAAUGUGUGCACCAGCGAGAUGUCAUCGAGAAGCUGAUCAAGGCAAACGCCGCGUCCAACACACAUUAUCUCUGGCUGCUCCAGAUGCGCUAUGUCUACGUUCCUGAAGGCGACUUUCUGCAGCGUCUGCACAUCAAGAUGGCGAACGCCAAGCUCAACUAUGGCUUUGAGUAUCUAGGUGUGCCUGACAGGCUGGUUCGGACACCUCUUACAGACCGUUGCUUCCUGACCCUGACCCAGGCCCUCUGUCAACGCUUGGGUGGCUCUCCCUAUGGCCCUGCAGGCACUGGCAAGACAGAGUCGGUCAAGGCGCUUGGUAUCCAGCUCGGCCGAUUCACGCUCGUCUUUUGCUGCGACGACACUUUCGACUUCCAAGCCAUGGGUCGUAUUUUCCUCGGUAUCUGCCAAGUGGGUGCUUGGGGUUGCUUCGACGAGUUCAACCGUCUUGAAGAGAGGAUCUUGUCUGCCGUUUCUCAGCAGAUUCAAAACAUCCAACUUGGCCUCAAGCAGGGCGCUGAAGACGAAAAGGCUCAGAUCGAGCUCGUUGGUCGCCAGCUCCGUGUCAACGCAAACACGGGCAUCUUCAUCACUAUGAAUCCUGGCUACGCCGGUCGUUCCAAUCUUCCCGACAAUCUCAAGAAGCUGUUCCGCAGUGUCGCCAUGUCCAAGCCCGACAAGGAACUCAUCGCCGAAGUUAUGCUCUAUUCUCAGGGUUUCAACCAGGCCAAGCAGUUGUCCAAACACACGGUGCCCUUCUUCGACCAGUGCUCGGUGAAGUUGUCAAAGCAGGCACACUACGACUUCGGCCUCCGUGCGCUCAAGAGUGUGCUGGUAAGCUCUGGCGGCCUCAAACGUGCACGUCUAACUAGCAGCGAUGGCACCCUUGGCGCCGAGGAGGUCGUGGAACCCGAAAUCCUUGUGCAAAGUAUCCGCGAGACCAUCGCGCCUAAACUGAUCAAGUCUGAUGUCGACAUCAUGAUGGAAAUCGAAGCGGUCUGCUUCCCCGGUGUCAAGUAUGUGCCCGCCAAUCUGGAAAUGCUUGAGGAGGCAAUCCGCCGCCUCGCGGCCGAGAGACAUCUGGUCGUCAACGAGACCUGGAUGACCAAGGUUCUCCAGCUCUACCAGAUCCAGAAGAUUCAUCAUGGCGUAAUGAUGGUCGGUAACUCAGGCUCCGGGAAGUCAGCAGCCUGGAGACUGCUCCUCGACGCCCUCCAGCAUGUCGAAAAUGUUGAGGGAGUGUCGCAUGUCAUUGACAGCAAGGUCAUGUCCAAAGAGGCGCUCUAUGGCAAUCUCGAUUCUACGACAAGAGAGUGGACCGAUGGCCUGUUUACCAGCAUCCUUCGCAAGAUUGUCGACAAUCUCCGUGGCGAGGACACUAAGCGGCACUGGAUUGUCUUUGACGGUGAUGUCGAUCCGGAGUGGGUCGAAAACUUGAACAGCGUGCUCGAUGACAACAAGCUGUUGACUUUGCCGAACGGCGAGCGUCUCAACCUCCCUCCGAACGUCCGCAUCAUGUUUGAGGUUGAAACUCUCAAGUAUGCGACGCUCGCAACCGUCAGUCGUUGUGGUAUGGUCUGGUUCAGCGAAGACACCGUGUCGCCCAGCAUGAUGGUUACCAACUACCUUGAAACAUUGCGUUCCGUUGCUUUUGAGGAUCUCGACGAAGAUGCCGUUGCCACGGGGCAGAAUUCGGCAAAGGCGCUGGAGGUUCAAAGGCAGGCUGCCGAACUCUUGCAGGCCUAUCUCAUGACGGAUAACUUCAUUCUCUCGGCCUUGGCACAAGCCGAAGGAUUCAACCACAUCAUGGAGUUUACCGUCGCUCGUGUGCUGAACACCCUCUUCUCGCUUCUUAACAAGGCUGUGCGCAAUAUUAUCGAGUACAACGCACAGCAUACAGACUUCCCUCUCGACCCAGAGCAGGUGGAGGGGUAUAUUUCCAAGAAGCUGCUUCUUGCCCUGGUGUGGGCUUUGACUGGCGACUGCCCUCUAGCGGACCGCAAGUCGUUUGGUGACAAGAUGGCGGGCCUUGCCAGCUUCGGUUCGCCGCCGCUCGACGGCACAAGCUCUCUCAUUGACUUCGAUGUUUCCCUGCCCAAGGCUGAAUGGUCACCCUGGCAGAACCAAGUGCCGACCAUUGAGGUUAACACCCACUCGGUCACACAAACGGAUGUGGUCAUCCCUACACUCGAUACCGUUCGCCACGAGGACGUCCUGUACUCCUGGCUUGCCGAACAUAAGCCGCUGCUCCUGUGCGGCCCUCCUGGUUCUGGCAAGACGAUGACAUUGUUCAGCGCGCUCCGGAAGUUGCCCAACAUGGAGGUAGUCGGCCUCAACUUCUCAAGCGCAACAACACCUGACCUCCUCAUCAAGACAUUUGAGCAAUACUGUGAAUACAAGAAGACACUCAAUGGGGUCAUGCUCUCGCCGACCCAGAUUGGUCGCUGGCUGGUCAUAUUCUGCGACGAGAUCAAUCUGCCUGCCCCCGACAAGUAUGGCACGCAGCGUGCCAUCUCUUUCCUCCGCCAGCUCGUCGAGCACAACGGCUUCUGGAGGACGUCGGACAAAUCCUGGGUCACCCUCGACAGGAUCCAGUUUGUCGGCGCUUGCAAUCCCCCAACGGACGCUGGCCGUACACCGAUGGGAGCGCGAUUCCUUAGGCAUGCUCCCCUCAUCAUGGUGGACUAUCCCGGCGAGCAGUCACUCAUGCAGAUCUACGGCACCUUCAAUUCGGCUGUGCUCAAGAUAAUUUCUUCGCUUCGCGGCUACGCCGAACCGCUUACGCAGGCCAUGGUCCGCUUCUAUCUCGAGUCGCAGCAACGCUUCACCCCCAAGAUUCAGCCACACUACGUCUACAGUCCUCGUGAACUCACGAGAUGGGUGCGCGGCAUAUACGAAGCAAUUCGGCCGCUCGAGACGCUGUCCGUCGAGGGCCUAAUUCGCAUAUGGGCUCACGAAGCGCUUCGUCUUUUCCAAGACCGCUUGGUGGCCGAAGAAGAGCGCAAGUGGACCGACGAUGCAGUGCGUCGCAUCGCCAUGGAGUAUUUCCCUACUAUUGACGAGCAGAAGGCGCUCGGUGGCCCGAUCUUAUUUUCCAACUGGCUGUCGAAGCACUAUGUGCCGGUGGAUCGUGAGCAGUUGCGCGACUUUGUCAAAGCCAGGCUCAAAACUUUCUGCGAAGAGGAGGUUGAUGUGCCACUCAUUCUGUUCAAUGACGUCUUGGAGCACGUCCUCCGCAUCGACCGGGUUUUCAGGCAGCCGCAGGGCCAUCUCAUUCUCAUUGGUGUCAGCGGAAGCGGCAAGACAACUCUGUCGCGAUUUGUGGCCUGGAUGAACGGUCUCAAGGUGUUCCAGAUUAAGGUGCACGGCAAGUAUUCGGCUGAAGACUUCGACGAGGAUCUGAGGGAAGUCCUCCGGCGCUGUGGUUGCAAGGGCGAGAAGAUUUGUUUCAUCAUGGACGAGUCUAACGUUCUUGACUCUGGAUUUCUGGAGCGCAUGAACACUCUGCUUGCCAACGCCGAGGUGCCCGGUCUAUUCGAGGGCGACGACCUUGCGGCGCUCAUGACGGCCUGCAAGGAAGGAGCCCAGCGGCAGGGCUUGCUGCUCGAUUCUCAGGAGGAACUCUACAAGUGGUUCACCGGGCAGAUUGUCAAGAAUUUGCAUGUCGUGUUUACCAUGAACCCUCCCGAGGACGGACUGUCAUCCAAGGCGGCAACGUCGCCUGCGCUCUUCAACCGUUGCGUGCUUAAUUGGUUCGGCGACUGGUCCGACCAGGCUCUAUUCCAGGUCGGGCACGAGCUCACACAUUCCGUCGAUCUGGACAGGCCGAACUGGACGGCCCCAGACACCCUCCCUGUCGCCUACCGCGGGCUCAACCUGCCUCCUUCGCACAGGGAGGCUGUCAUCAAUUCCAUGGUUUACAUCCACUACUCCCUGCAGCGAUUCAACGCCAAGCUGCUCAAACAGCAAGGCAAGGUCACGUUCCUCACUCCGCGGCAUUUCCUCGACUUUGUCGCGCAAUAUGUCAAACUAUACAAUGAAAAGCGCGAGGAUCUCGAGGAGCAGCAGCGUCACCUCAACGUUGGUCUCGAAAAGCUCCGUGACACGGUGGACAAGGUCCGCGAUCUCCGCGCUAGCUUGGCGGAGAAGAAAGCACAGCUCGAGCAGAAGGACGCAGAGGCCAAUGAGAAGCUGCAGCGUAUGGUUGCUGACCAACGUGAGGCCGAGCAGAGGAAGAACACGUCUUUGGAGAUCCAGGUCGCGCUUGAGAAGCAGGAGGCCGAGGUGGCGUCGCGCAAGAAAAUUGUGCUCGAAGACCUCGCCAAAGCAGAGCCUGCUGUCGAGGAGGCAAAGGCGUCUGUCAGUAAUAUCAAGCGGCAACAUCUUACCGAGGUGCGAUCCAUGUCUUCGCCGCCUCAGGGUGUCCGUCUUGCUCUAGACGCCGUCUGCACCCUGAUCGGCCAUAAGGCCAACGAUUGGAAGCAGAUCCAGGCCGUUGUCCGCCGGGAUGAUUUCAUCGCCAGCAUCAUCAACUUCAACAAUGAAAAGCAAAUGACAAAGGCUUUGCGGCUCAAGAUGCGAAACGAGUUCUUGACAAACCCGGAGUUCACGGUCGACAAGGUGAACCGUGCCAGCAAGGCCUGUGGUCCGCUUGUGCAGUGGGUUGAGGCCCAAGUCAACUACGCUGAAAUCCUGGACCGUGUUGGGCCUCUCAGGGAAGAGGUAAUGCUGCUUGAGGAGCAGGCGUUGCAGACCAAGGCGGAGGCAAAGGCAGUCGAGCAGACGAUUGAGAACCUCGAAGCCAGCAUCGCCACGUACAAGACGGAAUACGCGUCGCUCAUCAGUGAAACGCAAGCCAUCAAAGCCGAGAUGUCCCGAGUUCAGUUCAAGGUCGACCGCAGCGUCAAGCUCCUGGAUAGCCUGUCGUCUGAGAGGACCCGCUGGGAGGAGGGUAGCAAGUCGUUCGAGACCCAGAUCAGCACUUUGGUAGGCGACGUUCUCGUUGCGGCGGCGUUCCUAGCAUAUAGCGGUUUGUAUGACCAAACUUUCCGGAAGUCCAUGAUGGAGGACUGGCUCCAUCAGCUGCACCUAUCGGGGAUCCAAUUCAAGCAGCACAAUCCAGUCACCGAGUACCUCUCUACGGCGGAUGAGCGACUUGGCUGGCAGGAGAACACACUGCCGGUCGACGAUCUGUGCACCGAGAACGCCAUCGUCUUGAAGCGAUUCAACAGGUACCCGCUCAUCAUCGACCCGUCAGGACGCGUCACCGAGUUUCUGCAGCGAGAGUGCAAGGACCGCCGCCUCACUGUCACGAGCUUCUUGGACGACUCGUUCACGAAGCAACUCGAAAGCUCGCUCCGUUUCGGCAAUCCGAUCCUUAUCCAGGAUGCGGAGCACCUCGACCCUAUUCUCAAUCAUGUGCUCAACAAGGAGUACCAGAAGACUGGUGGUCGGGUUCUAAUCCAGCUCGGCAAGCAGCAGAUCGACUUCUCACCCUCGUUCAAGCUCUAUCUAUCCACACGAGACCCGUCAGCCACUUUUGCGCCGGAUAUUUGCAGUCGCACGACGUUCGUCAACUUCACUGUUACCCAGAGCAGCUUGCAAACACAGUCCUUGGCUGAGGUGCUCAAGUCGGAACGUCCCGACGUUGAUGAGAGGCGCUCGAACCUCAUCAAGCUGCAGGGCGAGUUCAAAGUUCACUUACGGCAGCUCGAGAAGCGUCUGCUGCAGGCGCUCAACGAGUCUCGCGGCAACAUUCUUGAUGACGACAAUGUCAUCGAGACGCUCGAGACACUGAAAACGGAAGCCGCUGAGAUCUCGGCCAAGAUGAGCAACACCGAAGGCGUCAUGGCUGAAGUCGAAGAGAUCACGCUCCAGUACAACGUCAUUGCCCGGUCGUGCAGCGCUGUCUUCGCUGUCUUGGAGCAGCUGCACUACCUCAACCACUUCUACCAGUUCUCUCUGCAGUACUUCCUCGACAUUUUCCAUUCCGUCUUGCACGGCAACCCGCACCUGGCAAACGAGACAAACCACAACGUCCGUCGCGAUGUCAUUGUCAAGGACCUCUUCGUGACGACGUUCAAGCGGACUGCGCUAGGUUUGCUGCAAAAGGAUCGCAUUACAUUGGCGAUGCUCCUCGCUCAGGCUUCCCCUUAUAAGAUGGACAAAGGCUUGUUGGACGUGAUUCUUGACGAGCGUGUUGAGGGCAGAGACGUCUCCACGGAUAGCGAAGCGAAGGACGAGGUGUUCGUUCGCGCAAAGAGGAUUACAGCCCUCAAGGAUAAGCUCGAUGGCAUUUCGGAAGUAGACUGGACCAGGUUCUUCACCGAAGAGCUUGCCGAGAAUUUUGUGCCCAAGGUCUGGGACGACAGCACUGAGGCUACCAACCAGGCUCUCCUCUCCUUGUUGCUGGUCAAACUCUUCCGCCUCGACCGCUUCGUGCCCGCGGCCGAGCGCUUUGUCACACUAGUCUUUGGCUCCGAACUCUUUGACAUUGUCGAAGACCUUAAGCAAACAGUGGACCAGGUGUCCGCGACGAGGCCCAUCUCCCUUGUCUCGAGUCCCGGCUUCGACGCCUCGUACAAGGUUGACGGCCUUGUAGAGCGUAUGCGGGUGCGCUGCACAAAUAUUGCGAUGGGCUCCAACGAGGGUCUCGCCAGCGCCGACAAGGCCAUCAGCAAUGCCGCUCAGACAGGCACUUGGGUUCUGAUCAAGAACGUCCACCUUGCCCCGACAUGGUUGCAGAGUCUGGAGAAGCGCAUGGACUCGCUCAAUCCAAAUCCCGAGUUCAGGCUCUUCCUGUCCAUGGAGUCAUCGCCCAAGAUACCGGUUAAUCUGCUGCGCGCUUCGCGGGUGCUGAUGUACGAGCAGCCUGCCGGCGUCCGCGCCAAUAUGAAGGACUCCAUGUCGUCACUCUCGACGCGGUCCGUCAAGCCACCCGUUGAGCGGACCAGACUGUAUCUGCUUCUCUCGUUCUUGCAUGCCGUUGUUCAGGAGAGGUUACGGUACGCUCCCAACCUGGGGUGGAAGGGCUUCUGGGAGUUUAACGAUGCCGACUACGAAUGCUCCACCUUUGUGAUAGACACAUGGGUAGACGCGACGGCACAGAACCGCACCAAUAUCGCCCCGUCCAACAUCCCCUGGGACAUGAUCCGCUACCUGGUAACGGAGACGUAUGGCGGCAAGAUCGAUGACGAAGGUGACUUUGGCGUCCUCACCCAGCUCGUCCACACCUUCCUCACACCGGCCGCCUUUGAUAUCGGCCAUAAGCUUGUCCGUGCCAGUGGGCUGCAGCAAGGAGCCGCAGCCGACAGCGAGGACGACGAGGAUGCGGCCGCCGUGGAACUGGUCGUCCCCUCGGGCACCUCCCUCCAGGAGUUCAUGAGCUGGAUCCAGCGCCUGCCCGAGCGCGAACCGCCAACCUACCUGGGCCUGCCAGCCAACGCGGAGAAACUGUUGCUUGUCGGCCUUGGGCGGAACCUGGUUGCGGACCUGAAGAAGGUGACGGAUUUGUUGGAUGAGGGUGAGGCGUUGAUGACUGAGGCGUAG